UAGAGAAGGAAUAACAUAGGCUGUAUGCCUUUCAUCCUUACUACACAAACCUGAAUCUGAAAAUGUUGGCGUUUGAAUGCGUUUAGUGAAGCUAAAUUACCUAAACUUUGUGUUUGCUUUACCCGCGCUCUAUGUCUUUCGCGUUUUCCUGUUUUCAUGAGUGCUUUCCGAUACUUUUCUGUCAUUGAGGCGGAACAUUUUACAUUCGUGAUAUGUCAACUUUUCACGCUAAUUUCAGGCUGUGUAAUGCAGAAAUGCAUACCACCAUGUACAGAAAAUUCCAAGCGCCGUCACUUUUUUGAGUUUAUCAGCGGAUUUUUGAUGAUGUAUCUUGUUUAUGGACCUCUAGUUGUUCAUAUGCUUGCUCAAGCCUUACCGGCAUACUUAAUGAUGGUUUUUCUUCCAUCAUCUGUUGCUCAGUAUGGCAUUUUAGUCUUCUCAAUGGCAUAUUUAUCUUCAGUACAUAUUCACAGAUGUAUGUAUAACCCUCAACUUGAUAUCUCUGCGGCUCUAAUGGUGCAAACUCAAAAGCUGUCUUCUUUGGCUUUUAACAUCAAUGAUGGAGUAAAGUUGUCGAAGAAAGGAGUAGCUGACCAAGAAUACCACAAGCUUCAUGCCGUUGAACGUCGACCUCGUCUUCUCCAGUUCGGUGGAUAUUUAUUCUCAUUUCAUAAUGUAAUGAUUGGCCCCUUCAGUUUUUUUGCUGAUUAUAUGAGAUUUAUCCAGGGUCAAGAAUCAGAUCAGCUCCUCGAUGAAACUGAUAAAAAGCGAUUCGAGGAUAACAAGGAGGCGAUACGUUCCGCUAAAGCAGAGAAAUGGAAACAGGUGAAACUUCUACUACUUCAUUCUAUAUUAGUCUUAUGGUCCUUUCAUAGUUUUAAACCCGAGGAAUUUCUGUCUGAAAGUUUUGCAAAAAAGAAUUACUUUCAAAAAUUCAUCUACCUGUCAAUCGCGUGUUUUGGUUUUCGUCAAAAGUUCUAUUUUGCUUGGACUCUUAGUUGUCUAUCAAAUUUAGUCGCAGGUUUUGGAUUUUCUGGAUUUAAUAGUGAAGGCGAACCGGAAUAUCGUCUGGCUACUAAUAUUUACUUUUUGCCUAUUGAGCUUGGUACAAGUACAAAAACAAUCAUAGAUUCUUGGAAUACAGCAACAACACGUUGGUUACGUGAAUGUAUAUAUGAUCGUGUACCAAAACGUUAUGCUGUUUGGGCAGUUUUCGUUGCAUCAGCCAUGUGGCAUGGUUUCUAUCCAGGUUAUUAUCUAGUUUUUGUAUCUGCAGCUCUAAUCACAGUGACAGGAAGAGUUUGUCGAAAACAUCUCCGGCCGUAUUUCCUUCGUUCAUCCGGAUUACAUUGUUUCUAUAAUGUACUAACUAAUUUAGGCGCUAUGUUAUGCUUAAAUUAUUUGGGUGUACCGUUUCUUCUAUUGACUACUGAUAAAGUUUUGCAUUUUUGGAGACAAAUGCACUUUAUUGGACAUAUUGGACCAUUGGCUUUAAUUAUUGGCGUUCCUUUAUUAUGUGGUAAACCAGGAGAAAUAUAGGAAUAUAUACUAAUGAUAAUAUGACCUGGAUUCUAAAAAAAAAAAUAAAAUUUGUUAAUAAAUCUUCGUCAUAUAUUCACAAAUGUACUUGGUAAUAAUAGAGGAAAAGUAAGGAUCAGCUGAUGAUAUCGGCUGAUGAUUCAUAUUUUCUUUUUUUUUCAACAUUAUUAUUAUUAUUAUUCCGUGUUUAUGAAGAACAAAUACAGGUUAUUUGUUUGUCUAUUAUAUUUGUAUUUUUUACUUAAAGCAAUUCCGUUUAAGUCUCAACAUAUACGUUACUUUAUUGUUAAUGAUAAUAAUAAUAAUAAUUAUACGAUCUUCCCUACUAUUUAUCAUUAUUAAUAACAAACACAAUAAGACCCUUCAAGCAUAUGAAGACACACAUACACAUAUACACGCGUUUUAUCAGCCAAUAUUCUUCAUAUCAUAUUACAUUUACUCUAUUCUCAUUAGUAUUAAUAAUGGCGUUGUUAUUUUAUUAUCUCCAGCUUUUUACAACUGACCUCAAAAACCAUCAUAUGUAAAUUUAACUGCAAUUACGUUUUUACAAGUUUAGUGUAUGAUAUUUUGAAAAGUGAUUCUUUUUUCUUUGUACUGUCGUCAUUUGUUUGGUAACAUUAAUAUUUUCACUGGAUCUUUAAUUCUCCCGUGACUUUUCUUUUUUAAUCUACACGUCAACCGAAAAAUUUAAUCCACAUUGUAAUGAUUAGUACCAUCAAUAUUUUGAGGGUUGUGGGGAUUAUCAAGGAAAAUUUUACCUGAGGCGAGCUUGAAUGUCCUGGCUUCGAUCCUCUGUGGAGUGAUCAUAAAAGCACACUACUGAACAAUCCCACACUAGAACAAAACAGCUAUCCGAUACCUUGGUGUUAUUAAUGAUUUUGUAACUUAGUUAAGUUCGUGAUUCCGAUUGAUAUUAUCGUAUAGUGGCUGGUACUAUAUUAAGCCCAUAUAGGUUAUUCUAGAUUCUGGACACACCAAUUUAUUCAUUCUUCUCAAGCUACAUUUCGACCUUGUCACUUAUUCGCUUAUUAAUCCUGAAUGUUGUUUACAUGGUCGUAUGUGUUAAUUACGCUAUUCAUUAUGUGCGUGUAACUUAUUUUUGAUUGACUCUAAGUUUCGAGUCAAGCAUGAUUAACUUGAGUUGCCUUACUCUCCUUCUCCGUUUCGUUUCCUUGAUUGUUUAUCCAAAUCCAAAGUUGUAUGAAAUAUACGAAUUCAAAAU